GUAAAGUAAGAAAACAACAAUUAUUUUUAAGUUGCUGUACGGGGGAUAUAGAUAGAAAUAUGGUCAAUGAUAUCAAAAAACCAAAUGCUAGAAUAUUGUUUCUAGGAACUGGAACAUCCAAUGGCAUACCUAAUGUCUGUUGUUUGAACGUUCCAAAUCCUACAUGUCGCGUAUGCACGGCCAGUUUAACAUCAGAAGGUCGAAAAAACAAGAGAAACAAUACAGGAGCAAUUGUGCAGAUUGAUGCGGAGGGAUGGAGUCGUCCGAAAACAAUCUUAAUUGAUUGCGGAAAGACUUUUUAUAUGGCCGCGAUGGAAUUUAUGGUAAAGCAUAAGAUUCGAAACAUCGAUGCGGUUCUAUUGACACAUGCACAUGCCGAUGCCAUUAAUGGGUUGGAUGACUUGAGGGCGUGGACGUCUGGAGGAGUUGUCCAAGACACUAUGAAGAUAUACCUAACGAAAGACACAUUCGUAUCGAUUUCAAGAUCGUUUCCCUAUAUGGUGGAUGUUUCACAAGCCACUGGAGGUGGUAGUGUUCCUACUUUUGACUACAGAAUAUUUAAUCCAGAAGAGCCUUUUGAGUUAGAGGGACUCGAUGUCACGACUAUACCAUUACCUGUACACCACGGAGUUUAUUUUUCUCCCGGUAAGGAGAGUGUCCCAUUUAUCAACAUGGGUUUUCGAAUCGGUGACUUAUCUUACAUAUCUGAUUGUAACUAUAUUCCUCCGAAAACAAAGUAUUUGAUGGAUGGAUCUCGAGUCGUUGUGUUAGAUGCACUUCGGCGGAUACCAUAUCCAUCUCACUUUACUUUUGAACAGGCUCACUCCUUUGCCAGUUCGCUUACACCAGCCCCAUCACGGGUAUUAUACACAGGCUUCAAUCAUUCUGAGGAACACAGCACGAUGGAAGAAGAAUUUUCGAAAUUAAGCGUUCCGACCGAGCCAGCAUUCGAUGGCCAGAUUGUGGAAUUUAACGUUUAACCUAGUAAGUGAAGAACCGUUCAGAUUAUGAACUUUACUUUUCUUUCUGUAUUUUUUAUUCUAUUCUAUAUCAAUAUCUUUACGUUGUAAAAUUAUGCAUCCGCGCCUUUUUAUGUUUUGGUUCCAGUUUCUUCUUUUAUAUUCAAUAAUACAGACCUUUUUUCAGCUUUUAUUUUACUUUCAUUUUGUUUAGUGUUGAAAACUUUAUUAGUAUGCAUGGACGAGAAUUUAUAGGUUAAUUAAGACAAUGAGCCAAAAACAUGAUUAAAA